UACAAGAUGGAGGCAUCCAAAUCUGCACCGAGAUCAGCUUCAUAUCUAAAAGGCACCCGCCACACUUUUUAUGCAUAUUGAGGUUUACGGAAAAAUUCACGGGAGUCCAACUGCAUGCAAACCUACGGCUUUGGAGUUAUUUUCGUUCCUUUCUUCUGGAAUUGGUUUAUGAACCGCUGGUGUUCGUCUCUCAUUCGCUCAUGAUGAAAAGCUACUUCUGCCGCUAAAAUGGCGGGUCGCCCAUAUUUUUGGCUAACCGGUUAGCAUCGUUAUACUCGUCUUUUCGUGUUAAACACGUUUAAAGUUAACUUAUAUUUUAAUAGACGUUUCUGCCAAACAACACCGCGAUUCGUGCAGAAAACGUGAGAGAAGUGGACAUGGCUUCUUCAGGCACCGCGGGCUCGGUUCUGCAGCUGCGCUGGAAGAGGGUUUUGGGUUGGUCCGGUCCGGUUCCUCGCCCGAGACACGGACACCGAGCCGUGGCCAUAAAAGAGCUGAUGGUAGUGUUCGGCGGAGGGAAUGAAGGGAUUGUGGAUGAACUGCACGUCUAUAACACAGCCACCAAUCAGUGGUUUAUUCCUGCUGUCCGGGGUGACAUUCCUCCUGGAUGUGCUGCAUAUGGAUUUGUGUGUGACGGCACCCGACUCCUUGUUUUCGGGGGCAUGGUUGAAUAUGGAAAGUACAGCAACGAUCUCUAUGAACUACAGGCCAGCAGGUGGGAGUGGAAACGGUUGAAGCCCAAAGCCCAGAAGAAUGGCCCACCACCUUGUCCCCGCCUGGGCCACAGUUUUUCUCUAAUUGGAAACAAAUGCUAUUUGUUUGGUGGACUGGCGAAUGACAGCGAGGAUCCCAAAAACAAUAUUCCAAGAUACCUGAAUGACCUUUAUACGCUCGAGCUACGCCCUGGCUCUAACGUAGCAGGCUGGGACAUCCCCAUUACAUACGGUGUGCUGCCCCCUCCUCGAGAGAGCCACACUGCUGUCGUCUACACAGAGAAAACAUCCAAAAAGUCUCGCCUCAUCAUCUAUGGCGGCAUGAGUGGCUGCCGUCUUGGAGAUCUGUGGACUUUAGAUAUAGAUACUUUGACCUGGAACAAACCUGCCAUAAGUGGCGUGGCACCUCUGCCUCGCAGUCUCCAUUCUGCCACUACUAUAACCAACAAGAUGUUUGUGUUUGGUGGAUGGGUCCCUCUGGUUAUGGAUGAUGUCAAAGUAGCUACACAUGAAAAGGAAUGGAAGUGCACCAACACUUUGGCCUGUUUAAAUCUAGACACAAUGUCGUGGGAAACUAUCUUGAUGGACACUCUAGAGGAUAAUAUCCCAAGGGCCAGAGCUGGACACUGCUCUGUGUCUAUUAACAAUAGACUGUAUGUAUGGAGUGGCAGAGAUGGUUACCGCAAAGCCUGGAACAACCAAGUUUGCUGCAAAGACCUGUGGUACCUGGAGACAGAUCGUCCUCUGCCUCCAUCACGUGUGCAACUGGUCCGUGCCAACACCAACUCUCUGGAGGUGAGCUGGGGGGCAGUGCCCACAGCAGACACAUACCUGCUACAGCUGCAGAAAUAUGACAUCCCUGCUGCGACAGCUGCCAUGUCUCCGACCGUCAACCCCACUUCGUCGUUGCCCAUCAACUCGCCCAAGAGUCCUGCACCUGCCUCUGCUGCUCCUGCAGCUCAGAGCAUGCCCAUUUCUGGGGUCACACUGGUGCCACAAGUCCCUUCAACCACUACUUUCAUGCCAGGCAGCCCAAUAGCAGCCUCACCUCGUGGGCCAGCUAUUCUUAAAGUGGCAGCGCCUCAUUCCACACCUGGGACGUCCGUUGUUACUGUACGUCAGGCCAUCCCAGGGGCGAAAUCCCCGGUCACUGUAACAUCACUUCCUGCAGGGGUCCGCAUGGUUGUCCCUGCACAGAGCACACAGGGCACGCCGAUCGGCAGCAGUCCUCAGAUGAGCGGCAUGGCUGCUUUGGCUGCAGCUGCAGCUGCCACACAGAAGAUUCCGCCCUCUUCCACGACCACGUUGUUAAAUGUUCCUGCAGGAGCCACCCUAGUAAAGACUGUUGCCAUGACUCCAGGAUCCACGACUCAUCCCGCUACCGUCAAAGUAGCUUCACCUGUUAUGGUUACUAACCCUGCUACCCGAAUGCUAAAAACGGCUGCAGCCCAGGUCGGCACUUCAGCCAUAUCUACUCCCAACACCCCAACUCGCCCCAUCAUCACUGUACACAAAUCUGGCACGGUGACCGUAGCCCAGCAGGCCCAGGUUGUCACCACCAUGGUUGGAGGGGUCACCAAAACUAUAACGCUUGUCAAGAGCCCCAUCACAAUGAGUGGCGGCAGCGCUUUGAUCUCCAGUCUCGGAAAAAUGAUGUCUGUUGUUCAGACCAAACCAGUACAGACUUCUGCAGUGACUGGACAGGCUGGAAGCAGCCCUGUCACAUUAAUACAGACAAAGACUCCUCUGCCUGCUGGUACCAUCUUGAAGCUGGUCACAUCUGCAGAUGGCAAGCCCACCACUAUCAUUACAACUAGCCAGGCAGGAGGGACUGGCACCAAGCCCACUAUCCUGGGCAUUAGCAGUGUCUCUCCAAACACCACCAAUAAACCAGGCACCACCUAUAUUAAAACCAUUCCAAUGUCUGCCAUUCAACAAGGAGGUGUGGCUGGUAGUCCUGGCAUCAAGUCCCCGAUCACAAUUAUUACCACCAAGAUGGUUACUCCUGGCACUCAAGGCAAAAUCAUAACCACUGUGCCCAAACUGGCUACAGGGGCAGGACAACAGGGUGUCACACAGGUGGUCCUGAAGGGUGCGCCAGGUCAGCCUGGCACCAUCCUGCGUACAGUUCCAAUGGGUGGAGUUCGUCUUGUUUCACCAGGCACUGUGACAGCUGGCAAACCAACUGUUACCACAUUGGUCGUCAAGGGCACCACAGGUGUCACAACUCUGGGCACAGUAACUGGUACUGUAACAAGCAGUGUGACAGGGGGCACUAGCCUGGUGACACCGGUCACCAAUCUUGCCUCCAUCGCCACGUUGGCCAGUCAGGUGAUCAAUCCCGCAGCCAUCACUGUAUCUGCUGCCCAGACCAGCCUCGCCACUGCCACAAUGCAGUCGGCAACCCAACCAACUCAAGUGACUCUAAUCACCACUCCCAGUGGUGCGGAGGCCCAGCCUGCACAGGACUUGCCUGUCUCCAUCCUGGCCUCUCCCACAUCCGAGCAGCCCUCUACCACCGGUGCUGAUGCUGGAGACAGUGUGGGUGACAGUGCUGGUACCGUGACGUUGGUCUGUUCCAACCCUCCUUGUGAAACUCACGAGACUGGAACGACCAAUACAGCUACAACAGCUUCUGCUAAAAUGGGCACCAAACAGGUCUGUUCCAACCCCCCAUGUGAAACUCACGAGACUGGAACGACCAACACGUCUACAACUGCAUCUGCUAAAAUGGGCACUGAACAGGUCUGCUCCAACCCUCCAUGUGAGACACAUGUAACAGGCACCACCAAUACUGCUACGACUGCCUCUGCCAACAUGGCCGUGGAACAACAGGUGUGCAACAACCCACCUUCAGAAACCCACGACACAGGCACCACCAAUACCGCCACCACUGCCAGCUGUAACAUGGGCUCUAAUGAGAUGGGAACAGUGAACAGCAAGACAGGGGCAUCUUCGUCUGCUGAAUCCUCUGCUUCCGGGUCUGAACCAUCCACACCCGUCGCAGAUGGCAGUGGCGCUUCUGGUACCACACGGCAGGAGAAUCUCCGCACUGGUACCACCAACACCUCCACCACGGCCCGCUCCAACAUGGGCUCUGAUCAGACAGGAACAGUGCAGAGCUCUAACAAAAGCAAAGAAGCCAUCUCCUCUACACUGAUGCCCGUUUCCUCCAACCCUCCCUGUGAGGCACAGGAUACGGGCACCACAAACACGUCCACUGUGUCUGGUGAAGGAGAUGUCCAGCAGGUCUGCUCGAAUCCACCAAGUGAGACACUUGAAAGGGGCACGACCAACACUGCUACACAGUCAACCUCCAUUACAGACAGUGGGGAGAGCAAUGUUGUGCAGAGUGUGUGCUCCAAUCCGCCCUGUGAAACCCAUGAAACUGGCACUACCAAUACGCCAACUCAGGCAUCAUCUUCUAUUGGAGCUGGACAGAAUGACAGUGUACAAAGGGUGUGUUCAAACCCGCCCUGUGAAACCCAUGAAACGGGCACUACCAAUACGCCAACUCAGGCGUCAUCUUCUAUUGGAGCUGGACAGAAUGACAGUGUACAAAGGGUGUGUUCAAACCCGCCCUGUGAAACCCAUGAAACGGGCACUACCAAUACGCCAACUCAGGCGUCAUCAUCUGUUGGAGCUGGACAGAAUGGCAGCGUACAAAGGGUGUGUUCAAACCCACCCUGUGAAACCCAUGAAACGGGGACUACCAAUACGCCAACUCAGGCGUCAUCAUCUGUUGGAGCUGGACAGAAUGGCAGCGUACAAAGGGUGUGUUCAAACCCACCCUGUGAAACCCAUGAAACGGGGACUACCAAUACUGCCACAACUGCGACUAGCAGCUUGGAGACUGGAGAAGGAACAGCUCAACAGGAUGCUGAUGGACAGGGUGACAGUGGCACCAGCUCAGAACCCACAUCCUCCACAGAACCAGCCAUUCCCACAACACAAAGCAGAGCCAUCACCAUCGUGACACAGGCCACGCCAACUCCAGGACCAUCAGUACCGGAAAUCUCAUCCAUGGCUGGCUCUGCAGUGGUGGCAGAAGUACCGGGAGAGGCGGAAGCCAUGGAGCAGAGCAGCUCUGAGGCUGUAGCAGCUGCAGAAGAGCCCAUGCAGACAGAGUGUCAGGGAGAACUAGGUGAAGAGGGAGCUGUCAGGGUGGUUGCCAUAGAUGAGGGUGCAGCGGGUGAUGAGGGCACUAUGCUACAGGUUCAUGUUGCUAUGGAAGCGCAACCCAGCCAAGGAGAUCAGGCUGAGCAGAUGGAGGCUGGUGUGGCGGCAGCAGAGGCGAUGAGUCUUGCUGCGCAGGACUCUGAAGCUCUCGCUCUGCCUCAGGAGCUGAUGUCUGCCGAAGGACAGCAGACAACUCUCAUGGUGACUGGACUGACCCCGGAGGAGCUGGCAGUGACUGCAGCAGCUGAGGCUGCUGCACAGGCUGCGGCUACUGAAGAGGCUCAGUCCCUCGCCAUCCAGGCUGUGCUACAAGCAGCUCAGCAGGCUGUACUCCGUGAAGGUAAUGCAGGUCAGGAUGGGCAGCAGUCCACCACCAUCCCUAUAGUUUUGACCCAGCAGGAGCUUGCUGCCUUAGUUCAGCAGCAGACACAGCUGCAGGAGGCACAGGCGGCUGCAGCCCUGCAGUUGCGUGCUGAAGCAGCUGCACUGCCCACCGAGGCCUUGGCACCAGCAGACAGUCUCAACGAUCCAGCAUCUGAGAGCAAUGGCCAUGAGAUGGCAACCGCUGUUACUGCCACUGUGGCCCGUCUACUUCCUCGCACUUCUGCUGAGACUCUGGCCCCAUCAAGUACUUUUGCUUCAUCUCAGCCGAUGGUGGUCACCAGCCCUGCCAAGAUUCAAGCGGCCACCUCUCUAGCUGAGGUGGCCAAUGGUAUAGAGUCUGCAGCUGGGAAGCAAGAUGCACCUCCAGCUGUUGUGAAGCCUCCAGUGAAGAAAGAGCAUCAGUGGUUUGAUGUUGGAGUCGUCAAGGUGACAAACAUGGUUGUCACUCACUAUUAUGUGCCGGCAGAUGAUUCACCUGUUACUGAUGAUGAUUCCGGGGCAAUACCAGACUACAGCCGGAUGAAGAAAAUAGAGCUGUCUCCUGGCACUGCUUACAAGUUCCGCGUUGCCGGUAUCAAUGCAUGUGGCCGGGGAACGUUCUCUGAGGUCUCUGCAUUUAAGACAUGUUUACCUGGCUUCCCUGGAGCACCGUGUGCCAUUAAAAUAAGCAAGAGUCCUGAUGGUGCCCACCUGACCUGGGAGCCUCCUUCAGUGACGUCAGGGAAGAUCAUAGAGUACUCAGUGUAUCUGGCCAUCCAGAGCUCACAGACAGUGGAGGCGAAAGCAUCAACUCCGGCUCAGCUCGCCUUCAUGCGGGUGUACUGUGGGCCCAGCCCGUCCUGCCUGGUGCAAUCAUCUAGUCUCUCCAACGCCCACAUCGACUACACCACCAAACCCGCCAUCAUCUUCCGUAUCGCCGCCCGCAAUGAGAAGGGCUAUGGCCCUGCCACGCAAGUCAGGUGGCUACAAGAAACAAGUAAAGAUGGCUCUGCGGCCAAACCAGUUGCAAAGAGACCAGUCUCGUCACCUGAUUUGAAAGGCACUGGUCCAAAGAAGGCAAGAUCUGACCAGUGAGAGCUCCAUGACCCCUGAACCAUGACUGAACUUCACUUCCUGCUGAAUGAUCUUCCUUUUUCCACUUCUCUCACCCCAUUCCAACCUCAACAGGAAAUGGCAGCCAAAAAUAGAAGUUGAAAAAAAGGAACAGAGAAUCCAUUUUUGAAAAGUCCACCCAUCACUGGACAUUUCGGUUUCAUGGACGCCUUCUUUCCAAUUGUAUUUGUUAUAAAAUCACAACCUCCCUCAAAGUUAAAAGCACAUACAUUUUGCUUUUCCUGAUGACUCUUUGUGUAAAAAGAUUCCAAUGGCAGCGUUCAAUCUAGUGAACUUAUCAGAUAUUCAUUGUUUUUCCUCCCUCAAUAUUCAUUUAUUUUUAUGCUUCUUUCAAUACAAGCAAUAGAUAACAAUGGGAAAAUACCUUUACUCUUUUGUCAGUUUGUUGAUGUUUUCAUUAUUUGGGCAAGGCGGUAUAAUGCAAAGACGACGGGAGCAAUACAAAGGAAUAAAUGCGGACAUGCAACGUCACUGGGAGAUGCAUCAAAAUACGAAUAAAAAACAAACAGCACUUGGUGAUGCUUUUGUGGUAAAAGACUCUGUAUAUUUGAAAAAUCUAAUUAUUCACACACUGCGAGUACAGUAGCCUGUCUUGCAUCACUGUGUUCAUACAUUUGCUUUGAUGGACAGAAACGAGGACCGUAACGCUGAAGACAAAAGACUUCAAUCCAUGUAGAUGAACGGCAUACUACUUUUGCAUUGCGUUAACUAGAUCUUGUAUAAAGAAAAAAUUCCAAGAAUAGUAAAUGGUGAUACAGGAGUUCAUUGUGUGUGGUUUAUUUUUUUUAUUUUUCUGUGCGCAUUUUUAACCUCGCACCUCUCCUUAACAUGUUAACCGCUCGUUCCUGUAGCCUCCAUACGUGUGGAAUUGUAAUGUGGUGGCUUGUCUAAAGGCCACUGUUUUUUCCAUCCCACAUUCAAAAAAUUAUUUACACUUUAUUUUUAGGAUUUGUACUGUAAAGUGUAUGUAUUCUUUCUGAAAAAUGACCCACACUAAACAAGCUUGAGAAAGCCCCCUUCAUUUGUGCAUACAUUUUUAUUGUUUGGCCUUUAUUAGAGCCUACUGCAUAAAAAGAUGAUUUUAUUUAAAUUUCCCACCGUCAUCCUUUGCCUAGUCUAUAGUUUCUGUAAAUUUACUUUCUGAAGCUGAAGUUUCUCUUUAUACACUUGGAUUUGUGAGUAUGUAGAAACAAACUGGGAUUCUUAAAUUGUGCAGCAAAAGUUGAAACCAUUUUCAUUAUCUGCAGACUGCUUUGGACUUGUUUAGGGAUGCAGGCUUGUGUAAAUGCUAAAAUGUUGGAAUUUUAGAAGUUUGACAGCUAUGUCUUUUUUUGAAUGGAAAUUGGAAACGGUCCUGUUUCUAGCGGUUGGAAAGCGUUUAAGACUGGAUUGUUGGCUUAGCCAGAGUUUGAACUCCGUUGUAAAUUAGUUCUUUCACGUAGUAAAAUGGAAAAACUCUUUGCCUUUUUUAUAUAAUUAUCUGUAACAAAAUGUUUUUACAUGUUGUCAUCUAUUGAUUGCUUUUUUUGUCUUGGCAUAUAAAAGUAAUUGAAUUCUGUCUGUGUUCAUUUGUGUGUCCUGUUGCCUGCUCCUUUAUGGCGUUGUUUGUGUUGCUGAUUGUGUGUUGUGUUUAUAUGUUAUGUACAAGAAGAUGACCAGCAAGAGAUUAAAGAUUAUUUGUAUCAGGACUAAGAGAGAGAGAUGGCUUUGGGAUUUU